CACUGAGGAGUCGAUCAGGACGGUCCAUCAUCAAUGGAAAUUGGGCAAUUGAUCGACCCGGGAGAUAUGAAGGAGGAGGAACUAUGUUCACAUAUAAACGCCCAAAUGAAAUCUCAAGCACUGCAGGGGAGUCCUUUUUAGCAGAGGGUCCAACAAACGAGAUUCUGGAUGUCUAUAUGAUACAUCAGCAGCCUAACCCAGGUAUACAUUAUGAGUAUGUCAUUCCAGAAGCCAACAUCAUUAGCCCUCAGUUACCUCCUCACAGAAGGCCAGGGGAGCCAUUCAAUGGUCAGUUAGAAGUGACAGACAGUACAGAUCCCAAACGUGAAGAUUUGCAUAGGGAAACAGACAUGCACACUGGACAGUCAGCAGGCAACUUUCCUGUAAUUCAGUCAGGACGGUUUCCUUCUCAUCAGCCUGACAACCAGGUGCCUGCUGUGCAGCCACCACGACGAAACCGAGAGCACAACUGGAAGCAGGUUGGAACAACGGAGUGUACCACUUCAUGUGGGAAAGGGUCACGAUACCCAAUCCUCCGCUGUGUAAACAGAAUCUCACAUGAGGAGGUGCCUGAGAGUUAUUGUGACAUCAGCACUAAGCCCACACCAGAAGAAGAAGCCUGCAACAUCUUCCCGUGCCCAGCCUUUUGGGAUAUAGGAGAGUGGUCUGAGUGCAGUAAAACAUGUGGUCUUGGUAUGCAGCACCGACAAGUCCUGUGCCGACAAGUGUAUGCCAACCGUACUCUGAUGGUUCAGCAAUACAGAUGUCAUCACCUAGAAAAGCCAGAAACAACCAGCACAUGCCAGCUGAAGAUAUGCAGUGAAUGGCAAAUUCAGACAGAGUGGACUUCGUGCUCAGUGCCGUGUGGAGUGGGGCAGAGGACCCGAGACGUAAAGUGUGUCAGCAAUCUUGGAGACGUUGUUGAUGACGAGGAGUGUAAUAUGAAGCUACGGCCAAAUGACAUUGAGAACUGUGACAUGGGGCCCUGCGCUAAGAGUUGGUUCCUCACGGAGUGGAGUGACAGGGUAAGACUUCUCCGUUUUCUUGGGGCUAACCCAUUCUGAGAUAUAAGAAUUGAGUAAAUUGACCUAAGUACAUCACAAUAUAAAGUAUCAGUCAUAAAAGAGGCAAUCGUGAUACUUGUACUUAUACUGAAUUGAUUAAGUUUGUAAUGUAGGCAGAUACAGAUAAAGACACAAACUAGUUCCUGAUUUUGUUUUAGCUUCAAGAAGUGAUUAAAAGGGACAAGACUGUGGGCUGAAGUCCCAAUGUCUGGAUUUGGAAUCUGAUCUGAAUCUAGACUGUCUGGGUGUGUUCAGAUUUGUUGUUUUUCUUUGGUUAGAUUCAUGUUUUGCUUUGGUUAGGCUCAAGUCCCUAAGUUUGAAACCAGUUACUGCCCAAAGGUUCUCCUGGCAGGGAGGUUUAAGAUGAGAUGAGAUGUUCUGGUUUGAGCCCAUUCAGUAAAAAGAAUACCUGGCCCCUACCCUUCUGAGCUCCAGAAAGAUUCUUUCCACAUCUCCCCUCUUAGGAAAAGUGGAUAUAUGUUUUGUUCCAAUGUGGCAAAGACAGGGUC